AUGGCCCCAAUCCGACGAUAUCUCCGGAUCAGCAAGUACUCUGUUCUCGAAUGCCGGAUCUACCUCGAAAAUCCGGCUGAUACGCGAUGGCUCCUGGACUCUCGAGAUCCCGUCCUCCCGCGUAUCUUCGCGGCGAUCAAGCCGCUCGUUUUGCCCAAGCUUCGCGAAGAGAACGAAAGGGCGAUGGCCAAGAAGAAAAGCAACCCUGUGAAGGACGUCAUCGUUGAAGAUGAGUUUGAGGUCGCUAUAUUCCUACGAGAGUCCGGCACGCGCCAUUCGCUUCUCACACGGCAUAAGACGUUUGGGGAGCCUAGGAGGAUAGAAAGCAAUUCGAACAAGCUCACAGGAGCGGAUGCUUCUGCUGAUGUUGCCAAUCACAAUAUUGAAUCCGGGCCUAGUAUUAUGGUCGAGAGUGACGAGGAGCCUCAGAUCGACUUGUCAAGUAUCCCUGAAGCAACCGCCGACACGUCCAGUGACCACUCAAAGAGACGGCGGCAAUCAGACGGUCCAGAUGCUGCGUCGAAGCGCAGCAAGACAGAAGAAAACAUCCCCGAAGACGACGAUAAGAAGCUGAAGCUGGCUACGAGUUAUGAGGGUUUCAGCAUCUGGGGCUGGGUACUGUGUCUGCUCGUAACUCGCCGGGGCCCGAAGACGCGACCCAGUAGUACUGCUGGAACGCCAGGCCAGGUCCUGAUGGAAGAGUGGAUAUCUACGCAGGUGCAGCCAGACUUGGAAGACGAGUGA